CUACUUUUUUUGGAAAUCUAAAUUGUGCAAGGAAAAUUGUGUUGAGCUGUGUAUGUAUGCAAAUGAAUUGUUCCUGUAACUGAUAUCCUGAUGUAAUCACAUUAUGUCCAGAGAUUCAGUAGGGAAAUACGAUGGGGCUAAUAUGUUACCUAGGGGAUGUCAAAUAGUUGUGGAAGUAUUAGUACAAUCCUACUUGAUGAAGAAGUAUGUCUUAUGCAACUUUUUUAAAACAUCAUUUUGUACCUGUGUGUUGCAGAUUCUCCUGUGUUGUUGACAAAGGAGGGCUGAUUUUCUACGGACUGCUAACAAACCCCUCAAAAAAAAAUCUACAAUAUUUUAUGUCCCUAUAUUUGAAGAAUGGAGCCCUAAUUGUUGCUACGGCUUCACUGCAAAAUCUGUGACAAUCAGAAAAGAUGGCAGAUGACUUGGAUAUUGAAGCAAUGCUGGAAGCACCAUACAGGAAGGAGGAUGAGAACAAAUCGAGCAAAGCCAAUGGACAAGAGGAGCGCAGUAAAAAGAAAAAGAAGAGUCGAAGUCGAAGUCACAGUCGUGAAAGGAAAAGAAGUAGAAGCAAAGAGCGCAGGCGCAGCAAAGAGCGAGACAGGAGGAGAAGCAGGAGCAGGGAGAGAAAGAGCAGCAAGAGUAGAGAACAUCGUCGCAGCCGGAGCAAAGACCGCCGGAGAGUAGAACGAGGCCGCUAUAGGAGCCCAUUUUCUGGUCCAAAAUUCAGCAGUGGUAGCAGCAGCAGAGGGAAGAUUGGCAUGCAACCCGGUAUCAAAAUAAGUCGAAGGCGCUCCCGAAGCAGAAGCCCACAUAAAAAGGAUAAAAGUCCAAUAAGGGAGCCAAUCGAUAACAUUUCUCCUGAAGAAAGAGAUGCCCGAACGGUGUUCUGUAUGCAACUUGCAGCACGAAUUCGACCAAGAGACUUAGAGGAAUUCUUUUCAUCUGUGGGAAAGGUUCGAGACGUCAGAAUGAUAUCAGAUAGGAACUCGAGGCGUUCAAAAGGAAUUGCUUAUGUGGAAUUUGUCGAUGUGAGCUCUGUUCCACUCGCCAUUGGUUUGACUGGGCAGAAGCUGCUCGGUGUGCCAAUUAUUGUUCAGGCUUCACAGGUGAGGGAAUUUUAUCUCGGUUUCUAAUCUGAAGAUUAUAUUAUGUGAAUAGCUGAAUUCUAAGUUUUUUUCUAAUCAACCUGUUCAUAGAUGUUAUGUGACAGGCCUCCUGACCUAGAGAUAGAGGCACCACCACAAGAGCCCACAGCUGAAUUCUGUUUACAACUAACCCUUCUGCACUUGGGUGACCUCUUACUCUGCAACACCCUUGAAUGUCCUGUUGGGAUAAUCCAGCCUCCAGUUUCUCUAAUUUGGGUUUGGCGCACUUCGGUGAUUCAAGACAGCCUAAUUUGAAGUCGUAAAUGUUUAUUGAUUGUAUCAAUUUACCUUGAUUCCCUCUUGCAAGCUUUGGCAUGAUUAAACUCACGGUUCUCCUACAAUGCUUACUUUUAUUGAACUCUGUCAUACUUCAACAGAGUCAGUUUGACAAGUGCUUUGUUUCCUGCUCUCACACCCCAACAUAGUCAGGCAUCAACUGUUGCUGAGAUAGCGUCAAUACCAUUGUCACUAAUGGCGUAACUUACAGUCCAUUCACUGUUCUGCAAGUGUCCUGUAUCGAGCUCCACCCCAUCCUAACCUUUGUUGACCUAUAUUGGUUCUCUGUCCUGUUUCAUUAUUCUCAUCUCAAGGUUUUUAUUCUGCUUGAAUCAUUAGUUUCAGACUAAAUAACCUGCAGUUUCUCUGAUACGUACUCCACCAUUACUACUUCAGUGGUCUAGAUAUUGUAGGAUGCUGUCCCGAAAAUAUGUCUGCCUCUUCAAGUCUAGCUGUUACCUUGAUCGAUGCCACAGACCAGAAGGAAGAACUAUUUGAUUUCAUUAUGCCCCUAUAAAAUUCAGUGGGACCCUUUUCUGCACAAGGUGUUAAUUGGGUAUGUGUAAUUAUCUCAUUUCAAUUAGUAACAUUGGAUAUAUUAUUAUGAAGUUGGGAGAAUUUUGUGGAAGUUUUUCUUAAGAGAUUCAGUGGACAGGACGUACGACAGAC